UCGCGACCAGGAAGUGGCCGCCAGCCGGGCGCCGCGGCCGGGGCUUCAGGACCCGCCCCACCCCUCCCCUCCCUCCGCGCUCUCCUCCCUCCGCGCACUUACCUUCCGCGGUAGAGGCGGCCCGGGAUCGGAGGCACUCUAGUCGCCGGGCACCGUCUGUUGAGUCUGUGGCGCGAGGGGCUCGCUGCGUCGUGUCGUCGGCACCGCGGGCCGGUGAGACACCAGCCAGCCAGCCCGUCUCGUGGGACGAGGACUUGUCCGUGUCCCCCGGCAGGUCGGGGGGUCCGGGCACCGCCUCGACGGCGGCUCCGCUGGACGCGCGGACCGGGCCGCAGCCUGCACCCCCAGCUGACCGCGUCAUGCGACACCUGCCGUACUUCUGCCGCGGCCAGGUUGUGCGGGGUUUCGGCCGCGGCUCCAAGCAGCUGGGCAUUCCCACCGCUAACUUUCCUGAACAGGUAGUAGAUAGUCUUCCAGCUGAUGUGUCUACUGGCAUUUAUUAUGGUUGGGCCAGCGUUGGAAGGGGAGAUGUCCAUAAGAUGGUGGUGAGCAUAGGAUGGAACCCAUACUACAAGAAUACAAAAAAGUCAAUGGAAAUUCACAUCAUGCACACCUUCAAAGAGAACUUCUAUGGAGAAAUCCUCAAUGUGGCCAUCGUAGGUUAUCUCAGACCAGAAAAGAACUUUGAUUCUUUGGAAUCACUUAUUUCAGCAAUUCAAGGUGAUAUUGAUGAAGCUAAGAAACGACUAGAUUUACCAGAACAUUUGAAACUCAAAGAAGACAACUUCUUCCAGGUUCCUAAAAGCAAAAUAAUGAAUGGCCACUGAACAAUCAUUUCUUUGCUCACUGUUUUCUAGUAUUUUACUGCCCAUAAUUUUGCAGUCUCAUCUUGGCAAUAUUUUAAAAUCAAACAUUUUCCUGUAGCUAUGAAUUAGUUCAGACAGCACAUUGUACUCACUGUGUUUCACCUAUUAAAUUAAACACUCCGUGCAGCAGGACUGGAGGAUUUAUUUCAAAAAUCAAGAUUGUUUUUAUGUGCUGUGUUGAUUAAAAUGAACCACUAGAAACGUCUUAAGUGUCUUAAAAUAGAAAGGAAAUUGAUAUCAAUGUGGGUAAAAAGGCAAAUCACUCUUUUGAAAUGAGUGCUGUUGUCAUAGUAAAUGACAAGCAUGUCUGUGCUUGGGCAGCAUGUGCUCAACAGAGGAGAAUGAAAGGAAAUAUCCUGAAUGGGGGCUGGUAGUUUAGAAUAUCCAAGCUUUAUAUUUCUGAUAUUUUGUACAUUGAUAUUAUCACAGACAUAAAACCAGUGAAAUUUCAUUUUAACCAGCCACUUCCUGUACGAGGACUAAUCAUUUUACUUGAUACCAUUUUUGUUAAUUGCUUCAGUUCUAAUUGGUGUAGAUUCUCUUUGCCUAUCUGCUAAAGCAGUGAAAUGAAUGUUUCUCAUAUGUCUUGGUCUCAUUUUUGUGUGGUAUACAUUUCUCUAUUUAAGGAUAUGUAGCACUUUAGACUUGGAUUCUUUUUUCCUUUAAACUGACACAUUGAAGUUUUUUUCCCCAUUUAGAAUAUCCUACAACUUUACACGUGCAAAAGACUACUUCUAUCUCCACCAUUCCAUCUAUUCACUAUAACAGCAGUGACUAAGUGCACAUCUAUAUUGCCUUUUUAGGAAAGAAGUCCCCCAAACUUCCAUCAUUCUGUUUCCUCACAGUUACAUGGACAUAUGGCAAUUCUUUUAUGUAUACCAGUCUCUUGAAGAACAUAAGAUACUUGUUUUCCCCUGAGGGAAACUACUUAAGAGCCAUUUUAGCUAUGAAAUAGAAAGGUAUUUAUUUUUAAUGUAAUCUCAUGUUCUUGAGCAAAUGUAAACUGUUGUAUAUGUACAAUGUAAAUGAAUGCUAAAGAGUGGUUGUAGCUUAGAAGGACAUAAUAAAAUUUUAGUUAAAUAAACUUUACACUAUGCAUUUUUCCUUCUACCAGCUUUGAUUUUUGCUACUUGGUCUUUUGUAUAAUUGGCAGAAAGUUGAAAUUUUUGUCCAUUAGAACAUUAUGAUUACAGAGAGGGUGCCAUCUGAAACAGUAUACUUCAUUAUUGCUUUCUUCAUUACCAUAUUAGGUGGAUGG